ACCGAGCAGGCCCCGGGGAUCCGCUUUUAUUUUUUUUUUUUUUUAUUAUUUAAUUUUUGAUUAUUUCGGUCCCGGGAGGGUCCCCGCGCCCCCCCCCCCCCCCCCUCCUCCCCCGGUUCCCUGCCCGCGAGGCUCCGGUCGGGCCCCGAGCACCCGGAGCGGAACCGGAGCCCCCGCGGCUCUCGGCGGAGCGGCCCCGGCCCUCCUUUGUCCGCCGCCGGCACCGAGCACCGCUGCCCCCGCAGGUCGGCGGAUGGACCCGCAGCCCGGCGCCAGGAGCUGCAGCCGCGGGGCUGCCGCCUGCGAGGGGCUCCCCGGCGAGCCCCCCAUGAACCUGUGCAUCAACACCACCACCGGCACCCGCUAUGAGCUCGCCGUGCCCGCCGAGGAGACGGUGGAGGGGCUGAAGCGGCGCCUGUCCCAGCGCCUCAAGGUGCCGAAGGAGCGGCUGGCUCUGCUGCACAAAGAGAGCCGCCUCAGCUCCGGGAAGCUGCAGGACCUGGGGGUCGUGGAAGGAAGCAAGCUGACGCUGGUGCCCACCGUGGAGGCCGGCCUGAUGUCCCAGGCGUCCAGGCCAGAGCAGUCGGUGAUGCAAGCCCUGGAAAGCUUGACUGAAACUCAGGUCAACGACUUCUUGUCGGGACGCUCCCCGCUCACCCUGGCCCUGCGCGUGGGCGACCAUAUGAUGUUCGUGCAGCUCCAGCUGGCGGCCCAGCAGAGCAGCGGGCAGCUCCAGCACCGGCACGUCAUCGCCAGCCGCGGCGAGGCGGGGGCCGCCGCCAGCCCCCACUGCCGGACGCUGCACGGCGGCGCCGGCUCCGGCUUCGCCCGCAUCCCCGUGGUGCCUGCGUGCCAGCAGAGCCCGGCCCCCAGCCCCACGCCCGCCACGCCAGCCCCCCCCGUGUACUGUAACGCCCCCCACCCCGCUCCCGUCACCGCUGGGAUGUUCCGGUCGCACGGGGCCAGCACGCAGACGGUGAACAGCAGCGUGGUGUCCUCCUGCUCAGAGGUGGACUGCAGCACGCGCAGCGGCUCCCCCCCCGGCAGCAGCCCUGCCCCGAGCGCCCGCUCCCGCAAACCCGGGGCCGUCAUCGAGAGCUUCGUCAACCACGCGCCUGGGGUCUUCUCAGGGACCUUCUCCGGCACUUUGCACCCCAACUGCCAGGACAGCAGCGGGCGGCCGCGGCGGGACAUCGGCACCAUCCUGCAGAUCCUGAACGACCUCCUCAGCGCCACGCGACACUACCAGGGCAUGCCCCAGUCCCUGGCGCAGCUCCGCUGCCAGACGCAGUUCUCCUCCUCCUCCUCCUCCUCGCCCCCCUCGUCCCCGGACCUCGCCACCAAAACUACCUCAGAGCCGCUGCCGGCGGCCGUGGCCUCCCCGCCCCUGCACCCCGUCGUCCAGUGCCAAAGCCAGAUCCGGAUGUGCAAGCCCAGCGGCGACCGCUUGCGGCAGACGGAGAACCGGGCGACGCGCUGCAAGGUGGAGCGGCUGCAGCUGCUGAUGCAGCAGAAGCGGCUGCGCAGGAAGGCGCGCCGGGACGCCCGCGCCCCCUACCACUGGCUGCCCAACCGCAAGUCCAGCCGCACCAACAGCAACAGCAGCGUCUCCAGCGAGGGCAGCCUCGACCUGGACUUCGAGGACUCGGUCUGGAAGCCGGAGGUCAAGGCGGACAUGAAGUCCGAGUUCAUCGUAGCAUAGAGCCGUGCCGGCGCCCCGGGGCCGCGGACUCUGCCGGGAGGGGGGGCCCCCGUGCCCCCUGCCCCCCCCUGGGGGUCUCGUUUCUGUUUUCGUGGGCCAGAUCUCCUCUAGAUUUGCCGGCUCCUGCGGACGUGGCUGCGCUGGGGAGACCGUUUCAAUGGGGGGGGGGGGGGGGGGGUCUGAGGGGGGGUGGGCAGCUGGGGCAGCCUCCCCCCUGCUUUGGGGAGGGUCUGGGGCAGGACCUCCCCCCCCCCCCCUCCCCCAGCCUCCUCCCCUGCCCCAGCCGGGGGGAGCCUGGCUCCCGGUGCUGCCCGGGGGCUCCAAGCUGCUGCUUUGGCUGUGACGAGGGGCGCAGCGGGGGCGGCCCGGCCCCCUCGGCGCAGGCAGGAGGAGACAAAAUCUCUUUCGGAGGUGCUGGGGGUCCCCACCAGCCUGGGGGCCGUUUGUUUUCCUUCCCUUCUAUAUGUAGCAUUGCUCGGCUGUGGGGCUGGGCCCCCCCUCCCCGGCCCCCCCCCCCCCCCCCGGCCCCGCGUGCACUUUACCGGUCCGCGCGGGCGGCGGGGGGGACACGCGUGUGCCUGGGCACCACCGGCCCCGCUGCCGCAGCGAGGGUAGGGGGGGCUUUGUUUUGGGGUGUUUUUUUUAUUAUUUUUAUUUUUCGGAGGGAGAAGAAAUGGCGCCUUCCCUCCGCGGCGGAGACCAACGGCCGAGUCGCUGGGCUCUUUCCCACCCGCCUGUUGGUUGGUUGGAUUUUUUUUUUAACUUAAAGGAGGAAAAAAAGAAGAGUUAAAAAAAAAAAAUAAUGAAUAAACAAACCCAGUACUUGGUCAUGGCUGUCUGCAAGCCGUGGGGCUAAUAUUUAUAGACAUUAAUUACCCGACUGAGCCAAUACUGACAUAGUCUUGCAUAGGCCGUAGAGAAAUCCUUUUUCUUGUCCGACUUUGAUUUUUUCGUCAGGAGAUCUGUGCAAAUAGAGAACCCAUGUGAUGUG